AUGGAGGGCUGGAGCCGCUCGGCCCUGGCGCUGCUGCAGCAGCUCAGAAGUGUUCCUGCCGUUUGGGCUGGCCUGGUCGAGGAGCAAGAUGAAGAAGAUCUUGAGAGGAGGAAGAGGAGGAGGAAGGCCACCAAACGGAAGAGGGAAGGGAAGAGCCAGGAGGAGGAGGAGGGAGCCUUGUCCUGUGACAUCAAGCUGGACGAUACCCUGGAUCGCACCCUGGAGGAUGGAGCCAAGCAGCACAACCUGACAGUGGUCAACGUGAGGAACAUCCUGCAUGAAGUGAUCACAAAUGAACAUGUGGUUGCCAUGAUGAAGGCAGCCAUCAGUGAGACAGAAGAUAUCCCUUUGUUUGAGCCCAAAAUGACUCGGUCCAAACUGAAGGAAGUUGUGGAGAAAGGAGUGGUGAUUCCAACGUGGAAUAUUUCUCCAAUCAAGAAGGCAAAUGAGGUGAAGCCUCCUCAGUUUGUGGACAUUCCUCUGGAGGAAGAUGAUUCAUCUGAUGAAGAAUACCAGCCUGAUGAUGAGGAUGAGGAUGAGACUGCAGAAGAGAGCCUGCUGGAGAGCGACGUAGAGAGCACAGCUUCUUCCCCCCGGGGAGCAAAGCGGUCCAGGACAAGGAGGUCAUCUGAUGAAGAAGGAGGCACACUCUGUGAGGAGCGGUGA